GCCAACCGGAGUAAAGAACACACGCUAAAAAAAAAAGGGAGAAAGAGGAUGGAUGGAGGGAGGUGGCAACAGAAGAAAUAAAUGCAGUGAAUAAAGGAAUGAGCCUGCACAUCGGUCGGAGAAUUUUCAUCCACCAUUGUGAUGUUUAUCCCCUGAGAGAGACAGAGCGAGAGGGGAAAAAGAGUGUGCGUUCAGGUGUGUGUGUGUGUGUGUGUGUGUGUGUGUAGAUCUGUUAGUGAGGAUCAACAUGACACAGUGGUGGGCUCUGCUCAUCAUUGUUUACCUGUCCAUGUACCUGGCAGCCACUCAGCAUCACAGGAAAGCUCUGUAUCCAUCUGCAUACAGGAUAAAGCGUGGGGCAUAUUCGCUGAUCAACCCCACGUUCCAGGAUUCGUCAGAGGACGUCAACCUGCUUUUUGAGAUCCUGCUAGCUGGAAUGGAGAUCCAAGGUGGGGAAAUGCUGAUCCCCGAUGAAGAGCUGGCCUCCCUGAGGAGCGUGGAGAAGCUGGAGGUUAUCUGUGAGGACGUCCUGCCCAAGAGGCUUUCCGAAAUUCGCCGUCUGAUAGCGGAGCUUGCCCAGCGCCGGCAGCCUCUGAGCUGGCAGGACUUUGAGAGGACGGUGCUGACCCUGGUGUACACCACUCAGACGCUGGCUCGAGUCAGCAGCCCACAGCAGAGAGAGGCGUGGAUGGACGCUGUGAUACAGUUGUUCAAAGCCGUUCAAAAGGACCUCACACCCUCUUAAAGCUUUCUUUCUCCGCAUGUCAGCAUUCAUCCAAUGCCCAAGCUUCUGGCGCUGACUCGGGAGGACUGAUUGAUGAAGUGAAGACUGUCUGGAAUUUCCUUCUAAGACACUCCCUGCACCGCUCUAACGUGGAUGAUGAGUUUUGGGAUGUGUCUGGGUACUACUUGACGGAGCGUAAAGAAGCCGGCGUAUUGAAGAAAGCGCUAGAGCUCAGGCUCUUGUUCCCAGUAUUGACUCUUGACAGUUUCAUUAAGGCAUUCCAACACUUACAGCAUCUUUGCUGCAUGUGUUAUAUGGCAACCCCCAGAACUUCAUAGUUUGGAAAUGCAUUGCUUCUGACAUAAAGUACCCCUUAAUUGUCUCAAGGUUUUAAAAAUGAUUCACUAACUGCAUUGCUUCUUUUUAUCUCCAUCUCCUCCUUUGUGAUUGUGGCUGUAGAUUUAAUAAGAAAUCUAUAAGAAAAGUAUCAGUAUACUUCAUGAAACAAUGAGUCUAAUAUUUUAUCCAUUUAGUGUAUUAUACCUAAAUGUCAUGCAUAACCCACAGCAGCAUUAUGCAUGUUGAGAGAGCAGCACCAAGUGGCUGCAGACAGAACUGCAUUUCCUUGUCUGAAACUUCAUGUUCUUAAAGUGCCCAUAUUAUGAAAAAAACACUUUUUCUGGGAUUUGGGAUGUUGUUUUGUGUCUCU